GCUUGGUAAUACUUUUGGGCGUUUUACUCAAUUUUAAAAGCGAUAUUGAAAGUCUUUAUCCAGUGAAAUUCUCCAAACCUUUGUUGAUGAAGAAACUACAAAGAAGAUAAAUUCAAUUUCUUUUUUGAUAAGACUUCUUUUUGUAAAGAAACAAUUGAAGGGAAACAGGUAAUAUGACGUAAGGCCAUGUCAGUCUCGUUUAAAGCUGCACAAUAAGCUGUUUUAGAAAUGUCUGUAAAUUCAACAAAUGAUUCACUUGACAUUAUUUUGCUUUAUUGCUUUUUCUGGCAUAAUCUAAUCUAAGAUUGAGAUUAAAUAAUUUUAAGUAAUACAAUGUAAAAAGUGAAAGUUGAAUAAGCUUAAAGAAUUACUUCAAUUGGUAACACCUACAAAAUCGAAACCUUUUCAACAUAAACUUUCUCACUAAGUCAUUUUUAAAGUUUUUCACCUUAGAUUUUUCACAUAAAUUGAGAAAAGUUAAGUUGAAAAAACUUUAUUUUUUAGGUGUUACAAGUUGACGGGGCGUAGGACUGGCGGUAAAACCAUUACUGAUUACCAGGGCCCCAAGGGGAGAGAGGGCCCUUAAAAAGUCUGGAAUACAUUUUAUUUUACCUGGAGCGCAAACUUCUGCUGUACGGUUAAAAUGUCUUUCUCAAAGAAAGCUAAAUCAGGCCACCAAAAAAGACAGGAGAAGGAAAGAACAAAACAAGGGGAAACGAUUUGUGACUGACGUCUUUUCAAAGAAAGUUUCAGUUUUCUUGUUCUUGGGUUAAACCUGCUGGGUUAUUAUGCUUGGUGGUUUGAAGAGGCUCACGUGCUUCGCGCCCUUGAUGUUUGAAUGUGCUCAGCAACGGUCGUCGUGAAAGGACAGAGCCACUGGAAGCAGUUGUUUCAAGGUAUUACUGUCCGUGAUCAGAUUGAACUAAAGGAAAUCAUUCAACAUGCUUACAACAACUAUCGAGAGACCAGUAGAUGGUUUCGUGGUGUCAUAGAUCCUACAACACUUUAUCGUGCACGAACAGAAUAUCAGAGCGAGUUUAAGAGGCACUGGAAAGAACAGAGAACCGGUUCACUUCAGUGGGAUAUGAUUAAUAUAGUGGAGAAAGGAAGGAGAAUUCUGCAGAAACAUUUGGAGAUUUUUGUUGCACAAGGUGGGAUGUAUGACAUAAAUGUUGUUAGCAUUGCGGUGUCCAGAUUGCUAAUUCUCAUUUUUCUCUCUUAUAAAGGUCUGUGUCCUAAUAAAUGUGGACUGUUCUAUCAGAAAGUAAUGAAUUGCUCUUCCUGUCAGUAUGGACUUUAUACAUGUCUAUCAGCUACACCACCAUUAGACUGUGGAGAACAUCAUCUAGUGGCAGAAGAAGGAGAGGGGGUGGUGCUGGACUGUUUUCUGUCUUGGCACACUUUGGUAGUUGGACAGAUGGAGUAUCAUUACUCCUGGCUCCCAGCAAAUAAUCUGUCGCAUGAUGGGGAGUAUGAAGAGCUGGUUGUGACAGAAGAUUCUAAAAUAGUACUGAAUCAACUGAGAGUCAGUGAGCAAGGCCUGUACCGCUGCCUCUUACAGGACCAGAAGGGUACUACACUGUCUCGCAUUUACUUCAAUCUGACAGUCGACCCAUUGCCAACUACAGCCCCUAGACUGAUUGUGACAUUGCCUCCUUUGCCUUUGGGUUAUGAAUCAACCCCUCCUUCCCUACAUAGGAACGCUUUCCUUAUUAUGGUUAUUUUACUGACUGUACUCAGCAUCACUGGCAGCCUGGUCAUCAUAAUUUACUUUGGAGUGACCAUGAAGCGACAGAAGGAGAGAGACAUCAGCAGAAGAGGAGAGAGGAAGGAUGCUGAAAACAUUGAGCUGACUGUCACACACUGAGGAUGUGAUCCAAGAG